AAGCAAGUUACAAGUCAAAGAUAAAAAAAAAAAAAAGAAAGAUUUAAAAAUUUUAUCUGCAAAUUCUAAAUAAUAUAUCAGAAGCAAUUAUUUGGUACCUCUUCACACUUUUCUUAAAAAAAAAAAUUUUUUCCUCUUAAAAAAAAAAUGCAAUCAAAAAUGAAUAUCGUAAAAUCAUUGAAAAAUGAACAAUCAAGACGAUCACCAUCAUCAAAUAGAAGACAAUCAAGAAGAGCGAAUACUUACCCUUAUAAUAGGAAUAAAAUAAACAGUGAAAAUUGUUAUAAAUGUGAUCAAAAUAAUGAUUAUAUCAAUAUUUUGAAUGCUAGAUUUGAAAGAAUUGAAAGUUUAGUUGAAAAACUUAAUAAAACUGUCAAAGCGACAGCUUUGAUUCAAAAAACCAAUUCUCCCUCCCCGUCCGCUUUUGGUUCGGUCAAUUUAUCUAAAAUGAGCGUCGAUGAAUUGCUUUGUUUCUCCUCUCAAUUAGGAGUUCGUUUAUUCGGUAAUCGUGAUAAAGAGCAGAAAAUUCCUAAAAUCGAAUUGAAGGAACAAAAUGAAAGCAAAGAAAAUAAAAUUUUGAAAAAUCUUGAAAACGAAGCAAAUUCUAAUGAUUUUCAAAAUGCGAAUUCUUCUUUCCCUGAUACUCCUGCAUAUAAAGGAUAAAAAAAAGCGAUCGUUUAUAAUAUCAAUAUUUCUUUGCAAUGUCUAUAAAAUAUCGUAAUAUCUUUUUAUCGCAGGACGGUCACGAAAAAUUUUAAAAAACAUUUAAAAUAAUGAAAAUAUUCAUUAUAUAUAUAUAUAUUUAUUUAUUAAAAUCAAAAAAAAAAAAAUUAUGCUUCAUCCUUUUUUCAAUUAUGGGAGUUUAAUAUGUUGCAUAAAUACGCCAUAUUUAAUAUACCGUUUUAAAUCUUUAAGAUAAUCUUUUGUUCAAACUGUCACAUGAUUAUGCUGUAAAUAAG